AUAAGGCUGUAGGUUGGUGCAAAAACCUUGAGAAACAAGUAUCUCUCCGUGAGGACUGGCCACCCCUGACAUUGGCUACUGUCUCCUUAACUACUGAUCCGAUUUCUAGAGACCAACCUGUUACUGCAGGAGUGAUCUUCCCCUGAUGGUUUAUUUAACAGGUGCUGAGUCCCAAAUCGCAAUCUGCGGCCACAGAUACAUGAGCCAAGACAGCCCUGCGCAAUAUUCUCCGUAGCUAAUUCAAUGGGCUACAACUUCGAUAACGUUCUCAAAGCGGAGUAAUAUCUAAGAAAGAAGGCGACAUUAAGACCAGGGAAUAUCCCUGCAGCGGGUGUUUGAGCUAUGGCGUGGAGGCAGCGGAGGACAAGGUAGCCAGCCAUCAGUUGAACAUUAUCGUCGUGCGCAAUAACAAAUCACCGGUACGCAAUAAUGAUGUUUAACUUAAUUCGCUCAAUUACACGAACGGUACUUGGUCAAAUCUGUGGAUAUAAAGCAAAACAAUGUUUUUAACAAGUAAAAUGACAAUACAUGCGCAUUGAAAUACAUGUCCAAAGAAAUAGGCUUUUUGUCUUAAAAAGUAGCCUUUACUUAGAGAUGCAUUUAGAUAUGUCAAUUGAGCAGGAUAGGCUUCUAAAGACUGGACAUGCAUUUAUAGGUUCCUGUACUGAACACAUGAUUUAUCUGCGAAGAAAAUAGUUCUAGAGUUAAAUAGAGAUUAACCUCAUUUAGAGGGUGCGUUUAUAAAUACGGAGGAGUUGUCGAGCCGCAGUUAUGGUGGUGGAAAGGACACUGAUUGCCGCAAGGCAGGGGGAUGUCCAAACUCUGAAAGUGCAAUUAGCGGAGAAAGUACUGAACAGCGGAGUAAAGGACCUUUUGGGAGCCUCACCUGUCCACCAUGCCGCCCGUACUGGAAAACUGACUUGCCUGCGUUUCCUCGUGGAAGAAGUGGGUUUACCGGGCAACGGUUUGGCCAAUAAUGGCGCCAGCCCCGCACACGACGCGGCUGCCACUGGUAACCUGGCCUGCUUACAGUGGCUAUUGACUCAAGGGGGAUGUCAUACCGCGGACCGGGAUAGUUCCGGAGCCACCGUUCUCCACCUCGCCUCCCGGUUCAGCCAUCACGAGAUCACUGAUUGGUUGCUGAAGAGCGGGGAGGCUGAUGCCAGGGUGUCCACAGAGACUGGGGCCCUGGCUGUCCACUAUGCUGCUGCCAAGGGAGACCUGCCCUCCCUCCGACUCCUGUUGAGACACAUCCCAAACGUUGUCGAUUCCCAAACAAAGAAUGGUGCCACACCCCUCUACCUGGCCUGCCAGGAGGGCCACCUGGAGGUCGUCCAAUACCUGGUGAAGGACUGCGGGGCAGAGCCAAGCAUCAGAGCCAAUGACGGGAUGACACCUCUGCAUGCUGCUGCCCAAAUGGGCCAUAACACUGUCAUUGUCUGGCUGAUGAGCUUCACAGAGAUCAGCCUGUCAGACCGGGACUGUGACGGUGCCACGGCCAUGCACUUCGCCGCCAGCCGCGGCCAUGCCAAGGUGCUCAGCUGGCUGCUACUGCACGGUGGCGAGAUCAUCACCGAUAGCUGGGGCGGAACGCCGCUACACGAUGCUGCCGAGAACGGGGAGCUGGAGUGCUGUCAGAUCCUGGUGGUGAAUGGGGUGGACCUGGGCAUACGGGACCAGGACGGCUUCUCGUCAGCUGACUUGGCAGAGUACAAUGGGCACGUCCAGUGUGCCAAGUACCUGUGCACUGUUGAGAACAUGAGUAUGGCACACCGCGUGCUUUCCAGGGACCCAUCGGCCGACCUGGAGUACAGCAAGCAGCACGACAUGGGCCUGUCAUCCCCCAACAACACAAUGUCCCCAGCGGGGUCGCGGCAGACCCAGCAACCGGCCCACUUCGACAUGGGCUCGCCCUCCAGCACCAAGUCCAACUACGACUCAGCCAACUCCAGCCAGUGUAGCAUGCGAGAAAAGCGGAGCAGCUCACCCCCUUCAUCACGAGCCCCCACUGGCGGAGGCCCAGCGGAGUCGGCCAUAAAUGACAUGCAUACUUACACGGAUAUGCUCAACCCUGACGUGGAGCCCGGAGCUCCCAAGUGCAAGGAGCCCGCCGCCACCGCUCAGCCGCCUCCCCCACCCCUGCUGGCCUUGCCAAUGCCCCCUCCCCCUUACUCCCCCUCCCAAACGCUCCUGCCUCCCCCCGAAUACCCUCUGCCACAGCCCCCCGCGGACUCAGCCGAUAUCUAUCUGAAGGCGAAGAGCAACCUGAGGCACGUGGAGGAGGUGCAACUGACUCCAGAAGAGAACCACGAUAGGCUGCACCGGGUGGACUCCAACAGAAAGUCUCGAAACUUCAACAAGCAGCCCAGCACGGGGGACUACUACAAAGCCCUGGGUAGCGACACGGUCGACUACCGUGGGGUCCGAACCAUGGUGCCUAACAAGGAGGGUUCUCUGUUAUUGGAGGAGUCAGCCGACAGCCCCGCCCCCAGCCCACAGAACAGCACCACCGAGUUGCCCCUCCCUCCUCCCCUGCCCCCACUCCCCAUCAGCAAUCCCACCCCAGCACCCCCUCCUCCCCCACCAUUGCCCUCAGAAAUGCCCACCUUCCAGUACAGCACCAACCAGCGACGCCCCUCCUCCUCUUCAGGAAGUGUGGAGUUUCUGUCCCCCUCUCCUCAGCCUGAAGGCGGCCCACUUAGGGUGAUAAAGAGCAACAAAUCCUUCAACAUGAUGUCCCACACCGGAGACAACACGGAGUUGCUGGCUGAAAUAAAAGCGGGGAAGAACCUGAAGCCCACCCUACACAGUAAAGGCUACACAACAGUCUUCUCCAACAGCGGCCUGCCGGGCACUAAUGGAGAGAGCCCCAUGUCACCACCCCAGACCCACACGGUCAGCCCGUCCUCAGCCAAGCCCACGUCUCCGCCCUCCACCGCCAGCGCCACCUCCCCACCCGCCGCCCCCAGUCCUGUGGGCACCAGCACGCGGACCCUCUCCACCUCCAAGAGCAGCGAGCAGCACCUCAAUAGGAACGUCAGCGGGGAAGCAAGCCUGAUGGGACAGACCCGGAAGGGUAGCCUGGCGGACGUGGAGGCCCUAGUGCCCACACACGACGAGCAGGGCCGAGCCAUCCCUGAAUGGAAAAGGCAGGUGAUGGUGCGCAAGCUCCAGGUGAAGAUGCAGGAGGAGGAUGAACACAAGCGCAAGGUGGAUGAGGAGGUGGCGCGCCUGGCGUCCAUGCCAGGAUGGCGAAGGGACAUCAUCAAGAAAAAGCUUGAUGAAGAGAAGUGAGUGAGAGGCGGUGCUACCCAUCCCAUUACUCCAAUCAGGAGCUUACACUGUUACUCCAUUAUCUCUUCAAUGGUCUCGGAUUUGUCCUCCCUUCUGUCAAUUUCUCCGGUUGUUUGUCUGUUUGCCUUGGUUAAUGUUUUUUUUUUUAUCUUCUCUUUUCCCCCCUCAAGUUGUGUUGGGUGGGUUGAUAAAAAAAGUCAUGUAGAUCCUGAAAUAUUUACAGCAUAUAGCUAGCUACCUACUGUAUAACCACUAUACACAUUAUUUCCUGUAGUCGUUAAGUAACGUUUUGAAUGCCAUGUAUUAAUACUGUAUUUCCUUAAAUUCCUUUUUGUGCCUAACUUCUCCGGGUCGGACAGGGGGCAAAAAAGAAAAGAAGAGGAGCUUGCAAACAAGGCAAAGGACAGCGGGGAGAAGAAAGAGCAGGAGCGACUACGGACCAUGGGUUACAACGAGAGCAAGUUGGCGCCAUGGCAACGGCAGAUCAUCCUGAAGAAAGGAGACAUAGCGAAACAGUAGAUAGGGCCUCCCCAUCCAACCCUCUUCCCCUUCAAUGUCAACCAACCAAACCCCAACCACUACCAAAAUCCCCUCCCAUACCCAACCCUCAUCGCACCCCACCCCAACCAGGUUUCCACUAGAUAACACAGCCACAAAGUCAGAUUCCAGAGCCACAAAGGCAAAGUUAGCUACAAAAAUUUGCAUUUUGGCAUUCAUUUAAGGUUAUUAGGGUUAGGUUGAAAAUAAACGUGAAAUUAUAGAAAUAGGCAGAGUUUAGCCAUAAUUAUGACUUUGUGGCUGUGUUAACUAGUGACGACCCACCAAACAGGACCAUGCCACCUCCCAACAUGCUUUGCAGCUCUGCCAUCCUGAAAUGGUGUGGCCGCACCAAGGUCCCGUGGACAAAAACUGUACGUGUCGCAACGUUAGCGGUGUCUGAUUCAAAGGACAACAUGAGCACAUUGAAUAGAUGCUCCUACCCCUUUUUUUCCUGUCAAAACAUUUGGCUAAAUUACUGUACGUAUCGCAACUGUAUGAGACCCUUAGACUUGAAUCAUAUACACUAGCUUUACUUUACAUUAUUUAACAUGACUCUGUAGGAAUUUCCCACACAAUUCCACACACUUGAACAACCUUUGUCAAUGUUGAUCUGUUGUUCUGUCUUGUUGGCCAUUGUGGGAAAAGUUGUCAUUGCUAUAGGCUGAGCAGUUUGUCAUAAAUAGAAAAACUGUCCACGAUCUGUUUUCUCUGCAUUUGAUUCACCCACACUUACAUUGAUAAUUGAGCUCUAAAACUAGACUGUUGUAUUCCACUGUAGGAUUGCUUUUAGGAUGGAAAAUGUCAUGGUUAACAUAAUAAGCAAUGGCAUUUUGAUACAGUAUAUAUCAUCUCCAUGUAUUGCACAAAGACCUAUAUUCUACUUAAUGAUGCUAUUUUUCAUUGAGCCCAUCUGAACUUCCAGAGAUAUUGUUGAAACAGGAAAUGGAUAAAGUCCCUCCUGUAUCUGUUAUUUUGUACAUUAAUAUCAUAUGGGUAACUGCAACCAUAAGUCAUUUAAAAUGGGUUUAUUAAUAUUGUUAGUUGUGGAUAAUGUCAUUUAAGUAAAAAAAAAUAACACUGAACAAAAAUAUAAAAGCAACAUGUAAUGAUUUCAAUGAUGUUACUGAGUUACAGUUCAUAUCAGGAAAUCAGUCAAUUGAAAUGAAUUCAUUAGGCCCUAAUCUUUGGAUAUCACAUGAACGAGAAUACAGACUGGUCACGGAUAACUUUUUUUAAAAGUAGUUGAUCAGAAAAGCUGUCCGUAUCUGGUGUGAGCACCAUUUGCAUUGUGACACAUCUCCUUUACGCUGUUGAUUGUGGCCUGUGGAAUGCCCCACUCCUCUUCAAUGGCUGUGCGAAGUUACUGGAUAUUGGCGGAAACAAACCGCUGUACACGCCAAUCCAGAGCAUCCCAAACAUGCUCAUUGAGGUGACAUGUCUGAGUAUGCAGGCCAUGGAACUGGGACAUUUUCAACUUCCAGGAAUUGUGUAUAGAUCCUUGUGACAUGUGGCCGUGCAUUAUCAUGCUGAAACAUGAGGUGAUGGAGGAGGAUAAAUGGCACGACAAUGAGCCUCAGGAUCUCGUCACGGUAUCUAAAAUGCAAUUGUGUUCGUUGUCCAUAGCUUAUGCCUGCCUAUACCAUAACCCCACCGCCACCAUGGGGCACACUGUUCACAACGUUGACAUCAGCAAACCGUUCACCCACACGAAGCAAUGCAUGCUGUCUGCCAUCUGCCCGGUACAGUUGAAACCGGGAUUCAUCCAGGCCAUCGAAGGUGAGCAUUUGCCCACUGAAGUCAGUUACAAAGUCGAACUGCAAUCAGGUCAAAACCCUGGUGUGGACGACGAGCAGGCAGAUGAGUUUCCCCAAAAAGGUUUCUGACAGUUUGUGUAGAAAUUCUUUGAUCUUGCAGGUAAAGAAGCCAGAUGUGCAGGUCCUGGGCUGGCAUGGUUACACGUGGUUGUGAGGUUGGUUGGAUGUACUGCCAAAUUCUCUAAAAUGACAUUGGAGGAGGCUUACGGUAGAGAAUUUAAUGUAUCUGGCUACAGCUAUGGACAUUCCUGCUGUCAGCAUGCUAAUUGCACACUCCCUCAACUUGAGACAUCUGUGGCAUUGUGUGAGAAAACAGCACAUUUUAGAUUGGCCUUUUAUUGUCCCCAGCACAAGGUGCACCUGUGUAAUGAUCGUGCUGUUUAAUCAGCUUCUUGAUAUGCCACACCUGUCAGGUGGCUGGAUAGUCUUGGCAAGGGGGAAAUGCUCACUAACAGGGAUGUAAAUAGUUUUUACAAUUUUUUAAUUUAACCUUUAUUUAACUAGGAAAGCUAGUUAACUUUGUAAACACGUGUGCACAACAUUUAAGAGAAACUUUUUUUGCGUAUGGAAAAUAUCUGGGAUGUUUUAUUUCAGCUCAUGAAACAUGGGACUAACACUACAUGUUGCUUUUAUACUUUUGUUCAGUUUGAGCAUUUAACUCUUU